GUCAGUGCGAGCUGACAACGGGAGGAGAAGGCAGGGCAGGGACGCGGCUGCCCAGGGACCCCAGGGAUCCAGAGGAGACAGCAGCGUUCCUCAACGCAGCGACGGGAGGAGAAGGCGGACAGGAGCAGGGCUCAUGCAGGGCUGGACAGGGAGUAGUGCCCUCGUGGCUCUGGGCCUGUGUGCCAUCUCCCCACACCCUUCUUUCUCCACCAGAGAGAGGACAAGCGCCUGAAGGAGACUGUGGCCUUCCUGCACGGGGCCUCACUGCUGACCAGAACCAUGUGUGAGAGGAAGCAGGAGGGCCCUGAUGCCAGGGAGCCAGCAUGCAUGCUGUGUCACCGCACUGAGGCUGACCCGGACACCUGCGGUGACAAACUGGAGAAGUUCGGGCUCUGUGCCCACGUGUUCUGCCUGUAUUUUGCCACACUACUUCCCAGACAAGAAAAUGAACGUGUUGGACUCAUGGGCUUUCUCCCACGAGAUAUCCACCUUGCAGUCAGGCGGGCGGCACAGAAGCACUGCUGUGUCUGCGGCCAGAGCGGGGCCACCAUCCUGUGCUGCGAGGAAAACUGCGGCAGAUGGUUCCACCUGCCCUGUGCCAAGGAGGGCGGCUGUGUGAAUGAAUACAUAAUCCCAUACAGCUCCUACUGCUCUGAGCACUGUCCAGAGCUGGACGUGCAGGUGACUCCAGAGCCAGGCACCGAAUGCCCCAUCUGCCUGGAGCCUGUGGAGGACAGAAUGUCCUUCAGAACCAUGAUGUGCCCAGCGUGCAAAAGGGCCUGGUUCCACAGGGACUGCAUCCAGGGACAGGCCAUGCGCGCUGGUCUUUUAUUUUUCCAGUGCCCCCUGUGCAGAGAUGGUGAGGAAUUUGUUGUCCAAAUGUUCAUCAUGGGGAUCCGAAUCCCCUUCAGAGAACCAACAUGGGAGGACAAUGACGCCUUUGAGGAUCUAGGAGAGAGACACAGCCAGUGCAAUGCCAGGAAAUGCCUUUACCCAGGAGGCAGGGAACAGGCAGAGGAACAUGGGCCCUGGGAACUGCUCCUAUGCUCCUCCUGUGCUGCUGAGGGCACCCACAGGCGCUGCUCUGGCCUGAGAAACUGCAUAGAAAGCUGGGAGUGUGACACCUGUGCUGGUCUUGGCACAGCCUCCAGGGAUGGGCCGGAGCUCCAUGGCCCCAGCCUGACCAGCCAGUCAGGACUGGAGCCUCCUCAUGGCUCCCCAGAAUCAGAGGCCAUCAGCCCCAGCUCCCACAGCCUGCUGCCAUCGGGUCUGGCUCCCCAGUCUCCAGAGACCAGCAGGCGCAGCAGCCACCGACAUGCAGCAGUGCAGACGUCACUGCCACCUUCCUCGCUGGACACCAGCAGCUCAAGCACAUCAGGGUCAACAUACAGCAGCUCCACAGACCCUGAGAACAGGGUCCAUUGCAGAUGUGCAGGGCCUGAGCGCAGGCGAAACGGCUCUCGCCAGCAAGGUCGGACCCCAAAUCGACCCAUCCAGUCAAGGAGUCACCGUGACAGGAGCAGGAGGGCAAAACCAAGGGCUGAGAGGUGCAGGCAAAGGGAGACGCCAUCACGGGAAUUCCCCAGACGCAGCUGCUCCCGCCUGCAGCGUCGGGCCACGAGUCCAGCUGUUCUGAGAAGGAGUUGGAGUGACAGGAGCCACAUGAGAAUUUCAGGAGCUGACAGGCCCAGGCGAAGGGAGACAUGGUCACAGAUAUUUCCCAGACAAAGUUGCUCUCGCCUGCAGUCUCUGGCCUUAAGUCCAGACGUCUGGUCAAGGAGUCACCGUGACAGGAGCCACAGGAGAAUUUCAAGGGCCGAGAGGCCCAGGCGAAGGGACGCACCAUUGUUGGCAUCUCCCAGACGCAGCCGCUCCCGCCUGCAGCAUCGGGCCACAAGUCCCACUGUUCAGACAAGAAGUCGGCGUGGCAGUAGCUACAGGAGAACUUCAGGGACUGAGGGGCCCAGGCGAAGGGAGACAUGGUCGCAAACAUUCCCCCGUCUCAGCCACUCCCGCCUGCAGCGUCAGGCCCAGAGUCCCGCUGUUCAGACAAGGAGUCGGCGUGGCAGGGACACCAGGACAGCAUCACGGGCUGACAGGCCCAGACGAACAGAGACACCAUCAGGGCCGUCCCCCCGACGCAGCCGCUCCCGCCUGCAGCGUCGGGCCUCGAAUCGACCUGUCCGGUGCAGGAGUUGCCAGGACAGGAGCAGCAGCACAGCAGCAAGGGCUGACAGACCCAGGCGCAGGGGGACACCGUCAGGGACGUCGCGCAGGAGCAGCCGCGCCCGCCAGCGACAUCGGCCCUCAACUUGGACCUGAAACAGCAGCACUUAGUGCCAUCUUUCCUUUCUAGUCUGUCUGGUUGCUGUCGUUAGUGAAGCUCUUGAUGUUUCUUUUGGCAGGAAAGAAGUCUGUGCUAAGUACCUCAACUUCUAUGUUACCAUGUAUGAAGUGAAAAUUCCCUUAAGGAUGUGGCUAAUUUAAAAAGGACAUUGUUUCCUGCCUUGAGACUCCAACCUCAGAUGUUUCCCCACUGCUUACCCUUCAAUAUGAAUCACUCCUUCAUGGGCUUGGAUGUGUUUAGGGAGACAUGAAGAGCAAGGAUGGUCUUAGUGAAAACUCUUUGGAAAGGAUGUGUGCUGUGUUGAUAUCCUUGAACAAUUUCAUUUCAGUAAAUCCAAAAGGAAGAAGGAAGAGAGCAAGACACUGCCUCAAGUGUCUGAAAAAAUCGAUGAUGAUAUUGCUGCUAAUUUAAAAGACUUGCUUGGACCAUCAAAGAACAAACAAUGAAAAGACUGUGGUCUUUCCUAAUACCCUGGUGUUGGAAAAUCCCAGCUCUACAGGGAAGUGGCAACUGAGAGGCAUUUUAAAAAUUUUUAUUCCAUUAUUAAUCUUAUUGAAGGAUGAAACAUUACAGAUGUAAAACUCGACACCAUUCUAUCAGAAGUGACGUAUUUCUUACUUACAAUACCUUAUAAAUGUUUUUCAGCCUGUUUGCUCUUGCCACAUGAUUCUAAUACUUCCAACACCCAUCACAUAUUAUUUUACCCCACAAUGCAUCUUGCUACAACGCAUCUUCCCCAUUUCUAACUCUUCUCCUAAUAGUGGAUUCAGAAACUUCUUCUAAGAAUAUAUUAGAUUUUUGUUAUUUACUGCAAUGCAGAUGGAUGCAUAAGGCUGCAAAAAGAAAAGUGACAGCAAACCAAUAAACCUUUCACUGAC